CUUUACCUCUUUCACUCAAAAUCCAAAUGGGUAUCUUAGUUGAGAAGUAACUCCAUCCACCUGAUUAUAUAAACACAGUUUGCUUUCAAAAUAUCCCUAUAUCUAGCUACUUGACUCAUACAUGCACAAAAAUAAAAAAAUUACCAUAUUGUUACCGGUGCCACGGAACAAAAAUGGCAGCCUCCAUGAAGACCACGUCCAUUAUGAAUUUGAAGCUUCUCAUCGAUUCAAGAGGCCAAAGGGUCCUAUUCGCCGAAGCCGGGAAGGAUUUUGUUGAUUUUCUAUUCACCCUUAUGUCUUUGCCAGUUGGUACGGUAACAAAUCUGCUGUCAAGCAAUGCCAUGGUUGGUACCCUUGGGAAGCUUUACCAGAGCAUUGAGAAUCUCGAUGACAUUUAUGUGCAACCAAAUAUUGACAAAGAAACCUUGUUGAACCCCAAACCACCAGCUCUUUAUGGUGCAAAUCCAAUCCCUCUUUUGUUACCCAACAAUAACAUUCGUCAUGAGCAUGAAGGUAAAAAUAUGUAUGUAUGUUCACAAAUCAACAUCUGUAACACAUCCCAAUUCGGGGCAAGAGUCAGUGGCCAUCUGUAUGUGGCCGAUGAUUCCAAGGCCAUGUGCCCUCAGUGCAAGAACAGGAUGUCCGUAGCAGUGAAUUAUGUUGUAGGUGGCAAGAAGAUAGGAGAGAAUGAAUUGCACUCAAUAUCAUCAUCAUCAUCAGCAUCAUGUGGAGAAGGAGGGUUUGUAAAAGGUGUGGUUACUUAUAUGGUGAUGGAUGAUUUGGAAGUGUCUCCAAUGUCUACCAUUUCAAGCAUCGCCAUCCUUAACAAGUUCGAUGUUAAGGAGGUUGGUGCUCUUCAGGAGAAGAUGGUUUCCUUUGGCAUGAAUGAGGGGUUGAAAUUAUUGAAAGCAGCUUUGCAGUCAAAAACUGUUCUCACCGAUGUGUUUCUGGGGAAGAAAGCAACUACCGAGAUUUAGUUGAUAUCAAAAACUUUAUGCUUCCAUGUAUUAUUAUUAUUUAAACCAUUCCAGGUGGCGAAUAUUAAAGAAAAGUUUUAUAAGCUAUAAUUCUUAAUUCUACAAAUAUUUGAUUGUUACUACUUGAGGGGGGAAGAAAGUAAAAUUUGAUCAAGAUGUUUUAUUGAAAA